AUGGCUGCCUCAGAGACCAGGGCUGGAUAUGGUACCAAUCAGCCACCUGUCGUCGUGAAAAAGCCGGACACACACAAGCGCGAGUACAGUUUCUUAGAGUUGGACAACAAGCUGAGAGCCAUCAUCGGCUCUGAUCCUGAGUGUGACAAGGCAGGAGCUGCUCUUGUUGUCAAUGUGGGAAUGUGCCACGAGAGGAAAGACUUACCAGGGCUCGCUCACUUUCUGGAGCACAUGCUCUUCACAGGAACGUCGAAGUAUCCCAAAGAGGGUGAGUACCAUGAGUUCAUGAACCAGAACGGGGGGAUGGCCAAUGCAUACACAGCUUGUUACUUCACUUGCUACAUGUUCGAAGUGAAGCCGGAGUGCUUGGAGGAGGCUUUGGACCGCUUCUCGCGCUUCUUCAUCGAGCCACUCCUGACCCGAGACUGCACGGAGCGAGAGAUCAACGCCGUCGACUCCGAGUUCCAGGCCGGCCAGACCUCGCCCUGGUGGCGCUACGUGGGUAUCAUGAACAUGAGCGCGAACCCAGAUCACCCCUUUCAUGUGGCCGUGGGGAACAACAAGGUGCUCUUGGACGAGCCUAAGGAGCGUGGAAUCGACCUCUACGAGGAGAUGAUGAAGCUCUAUGAGUCAACCUACUCCGCCAAUGGUAUGACGGUCUGCGUCUUUGGCAGGGAGGCACCAGACGAGCUUCGAAAGAUCGUGGCCGAAAAGUUCGGUGCUGUAGUCAACAAGGGGCUGACUAUGCCCAUCGGAGACUCCGUGAGUGACAAGCCACCGUUUCUGCCGAAUGAGUGGCACCAGCAGCUUCUGCAGAAUCCGGUGCAGGACGUCAAAGAUUUGUCGUUCAUUUGGGUCACUCCCUUUCAGGAUCCAUUUUGGAAGUCCAAGCCAUCGCUCUACAUCUCUCACCUGCUAGGCCAUGAGGGUGCGGGCUCAGUCAUCGCGAAACUGAAGCAGCAAGGGCUGAUCUCGGGAUGUGGCGUCGGUGAUGGAAAUUGGCUGGAAGGAGCGUUUAGCUUGCUGAAAGUGAACUUCGAUCUUACAGACAAAGGCCUGGACUGUAUCCAGGAGAUUGGGCAACACCUGUUCGCCUACCUUGGCUUGUUGCAGAAGAUGCCUCCCGAGAAGUGGAUUUUCGAUGAGAUGCAGAAACUGGGUGACAUGCGCUUUAAGUUCGGGGAGGAUGCCUCGCCAUUUGCGCUGUGCCCGCAGAUUGCAUCGACCAUGCAGAAGGUGCCAGCAUCGGAAGCGCUGUGUGGCGACAUGGUGCUCUAUGAGUAUGACCCCGAUGCCAUCACGUCCCUGCUCUCCAGGCUCACUUUAGAAAGCGUCCGAGUCCAGGUGCAAGCCAAGAAGUUGGCCGACCGCUGCAAGCAAGUGGAUACUUCGUAUGGCUCUCCCAUGCAGCUACUCCCCAUCGAAGAUCAGUGGCUGGAAUCCUGGCGAGCUGCCCUGAAUGCCAGUGGCACCAUAGAGGCAUCGACAAAGAUCACCAGUGAGCUGGGCUUGAGCCUGCCAAAGCCAAAUCCUUUCAUUCCUGAGGAUCUUUCACUGAAGCCUCCGCCGCAAGAGCCGAAAGCCAAACCCAGCCUCCUCAAAGGCACCGAGUCCCUGACUUGCGUCUUUCACAAGCAGGACGACACCUUUAAGCAGCCCAAGGCACGUGUGAGCUUCUCCAUCUACUCCCCAUUCUUCACGCAAGAUCCGACGAAUUACACAAAGGCCGAGCUUUGGUGUCGAUGCGUGGAGGAGGCUCUGCAAGAGUAUGCUUAUGAUGCAGAGGUUGCUGGAGUCGAGUACUCGCUUGGCUUGGGCGCAGCAUGUCUCCGGCUGGUACUGGCAGGCUACAACGACAAGCUGCAUGUGCUCCUUGAUGCCGUUACUGAGAAGAUGGUCUCCUUGGUGGAGAUUCCAGAGCAGAUCUUCUCCAUUGUGGCCAACAGCAUGGGCGACGACCUCAGAAACCAGGCAUUCCAUUCACCUCCUUAUGGGCAAUGCAGAAUGCGACUAGACGAGCUUCUCAUGCGCGGGACAUCCUUUCCAGCUUACCAGCGCUUGGAGGCCUUCGAGAAAAUCACAUGCAGCGACUUGAAGGGGCUGGCAGAGCAGUUCUUCGUAGCUGGUGCUCAUGUGGAGUCCCUGAUGCUGGGCAACCUCACGGCGGAAGACGCGCGACUGUUAGCCUCGAAGCUCAUGACGGGACUCAAUCUCCGCAAGGCCCUCGCCGUGCUCCCGACUCGUGCGGAGGCUUCACUUCCGGAAGGAUCCACUCUCUGGGAGCUCGACAGCACAGACGCCGAAGACCCCAACCAUGCUGUUUUCAUGAAACUGCAGCUGCCGAGUGGCUUAGAGAACGAGAUGUUGACCUACCUCCUAGACAAGGCCAUCUCGUCCAAGUUUUUCGAUUUGCUUCGCACCCAGCAGCAGCUGGGCUACAUUGUGCACAUGGCUGCCUCUGUGACAGUCUUGCAACCCUACUUGGUUGCGGUUGUUCAGACAGAGUUCAACCUACACUAUGUCAGAGGCUGCUUAGAGAAGUUCCUUGAAGAACAUUUUGCUUUUCUGGAAGAGGCCAUGACAGAUGAGGAGUUUGAGACCUGCAAAGAGGGAUUGCUUUCAGAACUACGUGUGAAGCCUAAGAACAUCUCUGAAGAGGCACAGCGCUUCAGCCGCGUUUUCAUGGACCGCAGCUUCGAUUUCGAGCGGCGGGAGAAAUGUAUCCGCUUCGUAGAAGCAUCGACUUUGGCUAUGCUACGGAGUUAUGUUCGUGAUCAUGUCAGCAAGGCCCCUCGCAUCUACAUGCAGGUCAAGAAGGUUCUGGAGAAGGAGGACAAGCCCCUACCUAGCGGAGCCUCGGAGGGCGGCGUCAUCCGGCGCAACUGUGGCGACUCGGCUACAUCCAGUCAGGGGACGGCAUGCUGCGAGCGUGCACUGAACUGCCCGAGGCCGGGUCGAAUCAUCUACACGACACUGCCCAAGAGGGUGGUCUCGGUGACCCGAAAGGUAGUCCGCGAGCAGUUCGAGACCGCUCCACGAGCACAUGGCGCUGUGAGCCGCACGCCGCCGAAGGAGGCGCGCUCGCGCCCGCCAUGUAGCCUCCGAUUGCGACUGGCCGCGCUGCCUUUCCUUCCAUGCAUGCUUCCCACGCGGCUGUUUGAGACGCAGAGCGCGCGCACGUCGAUGGUUGGGUGGACUCCGGUUGCGAUUCCGAAUGCACGCGCUGCCUUUUCUUCAUGCACGACUGCCGAGAGCGGGCGUGAGAAUGCUACCCAGAGCGAGGUGGCAGCAGUGGCCCAGAGCGGAGCGUGGGAAUGCUACCCAGAGCGAGGUGGUGGUAGUGGCCCAGAGCAGGCGCGAGAAUGCUCCUCAGAGCGAGGUACCUCCUACAAGAUCAUUUGUGGUGAUCGCCUGCUGCAGGGCAACGAGCGCGUCUCAACCCUGCAGCAGGGCAUCACGUUGAUCAGGAUCUCCGCCACGAACGCGUCCAGCCACAGCGAGGAGGACCUGGAAGGGCUGGUUCAGGAGAUCGUGGAGAACAGGAAGCGCGAUUCCCAG